GAGCUUCCCACCCAGUUGCCUCUGAGGCGUGAACAGAUGACUCUAUGACCCCGCUCCUCCUUCCACUGAUGGUUAAUUCGCCUCCUGCCUGUGCCCUCUUGCCAAGAGCGUAGCAGUGACAAUGUGUUUUCCUCCAUCUUCCAUCAUUGGGCAGCUGUGUUUAUUUUGCCAGCGGCUGGAGUGAAGGAUGUUCUCCUCUGCGAAGCCCUACGAGAAUCAGCACUUCUCGGCCCUGAAGAAAGACUGCCAGCGGCAGAAGGUGCUCUUCGAGGACCCGCUCUUCCCCGCCACUGACGACUCCCUCUUCUACAAGUCACGCAUUCAAGGCAUCCAGUGGAAACGUCCGAAUGAGAUCUGCGACGACCCCUAUCUCUUUGUGGAUGGAAUCAGUUCCCAUGACUUGCACCAGGGCCAGGUUGGGAACUGCUGGUUCGUGGCAGCCUGCUCCUCUCUGGCCUCCCGGGAAUCUCUGUGGCAGAAGGUCAUCCCAGACUGGAAGGAACAGGAGUGGAACGCCGAAAAACCAGAGAACUACGCCGGGAUUUUCCACUUCCAGUUCUGGCGAUUCGGCGACUGGGUGGACGUGGUGAUAGACGACCGCCUGCCGACGCUUCACAACCAGCUCAUCUACUGCCACUCCAAUGCCAAGAACGAGUUCUGGUGCGCGCUGGUGGAGAAGGCCUAUGCCAAGCUCUCCGGGUGCUACGAGGCCCUAGACGGAGGCAACACAGCGGAUGCACUAGUAGAUUUUACCGGCGGUGUCUCUGAGCCAAUCGACCUGAUCGAAGGGAACUAUAUUAACGAUGAAGCCAAACGAAAUCUCCUCUUUGAGCGAGUGCUGAAGGUCCACAACCGGGGAGGGCUCAUCAGCUGCUCCAUCAAAGCCACCACAGCAGCUGACAUGGAAGCCCGCCUGGACUGUGGCCUCGUCAAAGGACACGCCUACGCUGUGACGGACGUGCGGAAAGUCCGCCUGGGCCACGGCCUGCUGGCCUUCUUCAAGUCGGAGAAGCUGGAUAUGAUCCGGAUGCGGAACCCCUGGGGGGAGAGGGAGUGGAACGGCCCGUGGAGCGACACCUCUGAGGAGUGGCAGAAGGUGAGCAAGAGCGAGAGAGAGAAGCUGGGGAUGACGGUGGAAGACGAUGGGGAGUUCUGGAUGACAUUUGAAGACUUCUGCAAAUAUUUCACCGACAUCAUCAAGUGCCGUCUCAUAAACACCUCCUACCUGAGCAUCCACAAGACGUGGGAGGAGGCGGUGAUGCGCGGGGCGUGGACAAGACACGACGAGCCCCUCAAGAACCGCUGCGGAGGCUGUAUCAACCACAAAGCCACCUUCCUGCAGAACCCCCAGUACGUGUUUGAUGUGAAAAAGGCAGAAGACGAAGUGCUCUUCAGCAUCCAGCAGAAACCAAAGAGGACCAGCCACAAAGAGGGCAAAGGAGAGAACUUGGCCAUCGGGUUUGAGAUCCAGAAGGUUGAACUGAACCGGAAUUACAGGAUGCACACCGUGCAGCAGCAAGUGGCCACCUCCAUCUACAUUAACUCCCGGAGCAUCUUCCUGAGGACAGACCUGAAGGAAGGCCGCUACGUCAUCAUUCCAACUACCUUCGACCCGGGUCACAUGGGAGAGUUCCUUCUCCGGGUUUUCACAGACGUGCCUGCAGAUUGCAGAGAACUGACCUUGGAUGAGCCUGCCCGCACCUGCUGGAGUGGAAUGUGUGGCUAUCCACAAGUGGUAUCCCAGGUCCAUGUCCUGGCAGCAGCUGGGCUGAAGAACCAGGAUUCCCAAGGAGGAGCAGACCCAUAUGUGAUCAUAAAGUGCGAAGGGAACAAAAUUCGAUCUCCAGUGCAGAAAAACACCCAGGCUCCAGAGUUUGAUGUGAAAGGUCUCUUCUAUCGCAAGAAGGCAGGACAGCCCAUCAUUGUGCAGGUCUGGAACCAUAACAUUAUAAGUGACGAGUUCCUGGGCCAGGUGGCCCUAACUGGUGACCCCGAUGACCAUCUGUCACAGCAAACCCUUCAGCUCCAAGAUAAAGGGAACAAAAAAUCCAAUGGCAUUUCAGGAAGCAUUGCUGUGAGACUGCUCAGCAGUAGCAAACUCACCAAUGUCUAGCUUCUCAAGGACUCUUCUUCUCGAGCCAUAUAUGUGAAUA